CAUGGGAAAAAAUAUACAAGUUCAAGUUGAACAUUGUUUAUGCGCUGCACAUGCACGUCAAUGCAGAACUCUGCAAAAGUACAUAAUGAAAGAACAGCCAGAUACGGAUUUAGUUUGUCUCGCAGGUCGGCGUGGAUCAUUUGAGGUUGUCAUAAAUGGGAUGUUGGUACAUUCGAAGCUAAAAACGCAGGCCUUUCCAUCACAGGGUGAUAUAUUACAACAAGUUAUAAAUGUACGUGCAGGUCUACCACCGAAUUAUGUGAAACCAGAAAGUGCUUGCUCGUUAAUGUAAAAUAACGAUAUUUUGUAUGUACAUAUAAAUAAUAUUAAUACACACAUAUGUAGUGAACUUACUUUAGUAAAUAUUUUAUUUUUAGUUUUU